AACAUUCGCAAUUUGAAUAGAAAAUUAUAUCAAUGUGGUUGACAAAACACCCACCUGGAGUGUUGAAAUAGUUGCACACGCUUACAAAUUUCGUGAUGCAGACAUUCUGUUUUUCUGUUUAUUUACAUAAUCAUUCCUAACCUAAAAUUAAAAUAUAAUAAUUAUUAUUGUUCAGUACCGUACUCAAAAUAUUGAUUGAUGAAGAUAGAUCGUUAAUUUAUUAACUCAUUAUCCGUAGGUGUGAGUGAAUACUCAAGUAAUUUAUUUUGUUGAAUACAUUUGAGUAAUUUUGAUUCAUAAUUUAGUCUGAACAUGGCUAUUGAUUAUAUAAGUUUUGCAUAUGCUGCGACUGUAGCCUCUGGUGGAAUCUUCGGUUAUUUGAAAGCUGGUAGUAUUCCUUCUCUUGGAGCUGGGUUGUUAUUUGGUGGACUUCUUGGCUUUGGAGCUUAUCAAACCAGCGUUAAUCCCAACAACUACCUCUUUCUGCUGGGCACAAGCGCCACCCUCGGUGGUGUCAUGGGAUUCCGGUUUAUGAACUCUGGAAAAUUCAUGCCAGCUGGUCUCAUCACUAUUUUAAGUGUUGCAAUGGUUGGUCGACUUGCGUUACGAGCAACUGGUAUACUGCCAGUACAAUCUGCAACGCCUGUCAAAGAUUAAACAGGCGGCGACUGCUUCAACUGGGGACUGUUGCUGGCUUUCUGAAGUAGUUGCACAAAUCCAAUCUCAACUCAAAAACAUUUUAGUUUAUCAUCAAAGAAAAUUUUAUCAUAGUGAAUUACGUCUCUACAUCUAGCAUUAUUUAUGUAAUAUCUCGAAUCUUUUCUUUGUGUGGAAUCAGCACGAUGAUAUAGAUAAUUUUUCAUAAUUGAAGAUAAAUAAUUGUUCAUAUUAUUAAAGAAUGCUAGUAAACUGAUUCACAACUGAGAAUAUUUUCAUAGUUGAUUCCAUGGUGUAGGAAAAUAUGGUUGUUAUUGACUGUUGAGCUAAAAUAAAACCAUGAUACAUUUUAAAAUUAAUA